UCGAGUCGGAUGCAGAUGGCCUGCUUUGGGGAUUUAACUCGGAGGUGUCUGUAUCCCAACUGGUGGCUGCCGGCUGUGUGCUGUCUCUCUGGGGUCACUGUUCACCCCCUUUAAGUGUUUCCCCCCAGUUUCCAUAAGAACCCCCAGGGCUCCCAGGUGCUGGGCAGUGGCUGAGCGUAGCAGCUGCAGGUGUCCUGGCUCUGCGCCAAUAUCCCUGAGUGCCUGCCGUGGGCCAUGCCAUGGACAUUAGGGUCUGGGGGGAGGGAGGGACCUGCUAAUGUGUGCCCGGCCCCGCCCUGGCUCUGCUGCCAUUCUCGUGGGAGAGGUAGACACUGAGGAGCUAACACACCUAGACAGGCUCACCUCCGUGAUCCUACGGGUUCAAGUCCAGGCCACCCCGAUAAAGUCCACACGGCAGCACAGCGUGCCAUGCGACACCCUCACUGCUUUCCCGUGCAUGUGAAGUUACACUGACUGCACAUGGCAGUCAGCUGGGAGCGCAGGGGCGUUGUGUCCAAAAGGCACUGUAUAUACUUGAAUUAAACACGGCAGACAGGAGGUGAGCGCGUGCUACGGGGGAAAGGUGCCGACGACCUGCACUGCUGGGCUGCCACAGAUCUGUACUUGUUAAGGCACAGAAACAAGCCUGCAGAGUCUGUGAGGUGCGGGGAAGCAAGGCAUGUAUAUGGUGAGUGCCAUGGUGCAGAAGGGGCGUAGGGAGGGGCUGGACAGGAGCAGAGAGGAUGGAGGCAGGAGGAAGCCCCAUGGACAUCGGUGAGAGGAGAGUUCUAGCUGGUGGGGCUCCAGCCAGUGCAGAGGCCCUGAAGUGGGGCCAUAUCUAGGGUUUGAAAGCCAAGCGUGAGGCCCGUGUGAGAGAGGGGCGGAGGGCAGAGAUGCAACAGGCAGACGACAGGCAGGCGGUGACGGGCCUGGUGGGCCACUGGGGCAAUCUUGGGCAGCAGCAAAGGCCUUAGGAUGUAAACCCUGGAGUGGAUUGGAUACUCUUCCUGGCCCGGCUCUAUUUGAUGUCCUUUGGUGAGCCUCAGUUUCCAUAUCUGCAAAACAGACGUGAGAAGGCCCAUUCCACUGAAGCCAUAGGGAGUGACUCAGCAUUGGAACCCUGGGGUCCCCUCAAGGAGGUGGCGGCAUUGGUGGCGGCGGUCAGUACUGGGGGUGAGCUGCAUUUGUGGAGCGGAGUGGUGUUUGUGUAUCUUUUCCACUGCAGACAGUCACGUCAAAGGCUGUGGAGGUGGAUAAGGAGCCACUGCGGAGGGCGGGGGCCCACUCCGUGCUGCCUCCUGCCUCCCUGAGGCUGGGACAGAUUGGACAGAGAUGAGUGACCCGAAGCCCCUCGAGGAGACGUCACCUGCCCAAGGGCAUUUCUAGCAUAGCCAGCAUCAGACCAGGCCCGCUGGUGAGAACCCAAGUCUGCGCCCUCACGGUGCUCGGAGCCUCAGCGCCAUGUUUGGGAAGAAGAAGAAGCGGGUAGAAAUCUCAGCGCCAUCCAACUUCGAGCACCGCGUGCAUACGGGCUUUGACCAGCAUGAGCAGAAGUUCACGGGGCUGCCCCGCCAGUGGCAGAGCCUCAUCGAGGAGUCAGCUCGCCGGCCCAAGCCCCUCGUUGACCCUGCCUGUAUCACCUCCAUCCAGCCAGGGGUCCCCAAGACCAUCGUGCGGGGCAGCAAAGGUGCCAAGGACGGGGCCCUCACGCUGUUGCUCGGCGAGUUUGAGAACAUGUCGGUGACGCGCUCCAACUCCCUGCGGAGAGACAGCCCGCCGCCCGCCCGCGCCCGCCAGGAAAACGGGAUGUCCGCGGAGCAGGCCGCCGUGGUCAGAGGAGGCCCAGAGAAGGCCGGCGGCCACAACCGGGCCCCUGGCCACAGCGAGGGGGGCGGUGGCGGUGGUGACCGGCGGCGAGUCGGGCCGGAGAAGAGGCCCAAGUCCUCCAGGGAGGGCGCAGGAGGGCCCCAGGAGUCCUCCCGGGACAAACGCCCAGUCUCAGGGCCUGACGUCGGCACCGCCCAGCCUGCCGGUCUGGCCAGCGGGGCCAAAGUGGUGGCUGGCCGGCCCUUUAACACGUACCCGCGGGCUGACACGGACCACCCGUCCCGGGGCACGCAGGGGGAGCCUCACAACAUGACCCCCAAUGGGCCAUCCGCAGGGAGCCUGGCUGUCCCCCAGUCUUCCUCCUCCCGGCCCCCCACCCGAGCCCGCGGCCCCCCCAGCCCUGGAGUGCUGGGUCCCCACGCCUCUGAGCCCCAGUUGGCCCCUCCAGCCCGCAUCCUCACCGCCCCCACCGGCCCCCCUGCCCCUGGCCCUCCCGGCCCCCGCUCACCACAGCGGGAACCCCAGCGAGUGUCGCACGAGCAGUUCCGGGCGGCCCUGCAGCUGGUGGUGGACCCCGGUGACCCCCGCUCCUACCUGGACAACUUCAUCAAGAUCGGCGAGGGCUCCACCGGCAUCGUGUGCAUCGCCACCGUGCGCAGCUCGGGCAGGCUGGUGGCCGUCAAGAAGAUGGACCUGCGCAAGCAGCAGAGGCGCGAGCUGCUCUUCAACGAGGUGGUGAUCAUGAGGGACUACCAGCACGAGAAUGUGGUGGAGAUGUACAACAGCUACCUGGUGGGCGACGAGCUCUGGGUGGUGAUGGAGUUCCUGGAGGGAGGUGCCCUCACUGACAUCGUUACCCACACCAGGAUGAACGAGGAGCAGAUUGCCGCCGUGUGCCUGGCGGUGCUGCAGGCCCUGUCCGUGCUGCACGCCCAGGGCGUCAUCCACCGGGACAUCAAGAGCGACUCCAUCCUGCUUACCCACGAUGGCAGGGUGAAGCUGUCAGACUUUGGGUUCUGCGCCCAGGUGAGCAAGGAGGUGCCCCGGAGGAAGUCACUGGUCGGCACGCCCUACUGGAUGGCCCCAGAGCUCAUCUCCCGCCUCCCGUAUGGGCCAGAGGUGGACAUCUGGUCUCUGGGGGUGAUGGUGAUCGAGAUGGUGGAUGGGGAGCCCCCCUACUUCAAUGAGCCCCCUCUCAAAGCCAUGAAGAUGAUUCGGGACAACCUGCCACCCCGACUGAAGAACCUGCACAAGGUAUCGCCAUCCCUGAAGGGCUUCCUGGACCGCCUGCUGGUGCGCGACCCGGCGCAACGGGCCACGGCGGCUGAGCUGCUGAAGCACCCGUUCCUGGCCAAAGCAGGCCCGCCCGCCAGCAUCGUGCCCCUCAUGCGCCAGAACCGCACCAGAUGAGGCCCAGCGCCCAUCCUGAACCAAAGAGCCCCUGGGGUCACCCUCGCCCUGCCGGAGGCCAGUAGGAGGCCCCCGCCCCCACCACACUCCGUGUGGCACCACCCUCCCUGCUGGGGGCCUGCGGACCCUACUACUGAACUCCGGGCUUGACCUUGUGACUGAAACACAAGGACUCAUGGGAGCAAGUGAGGCUCCCGGGACCCCCACCCUCCGGAGAGGCCAGCCCCUGUGUUUUCUGUCUCCAGAAAGGGCAGGAGGUCCUCCCGUCACUGGAAAUCCGUGUGGGGCCACCCGGGGCCAAGAGAACACUACGAAAGAGAUUGUGUGCCUGUGUCCCCGCCUGUGUGUAUGUGUGUGUGCGUGAGCCUGUGCGUGAGCCCGCGCGGAAGAUCCAGCUCCCUUAUCCUCCCGUUUGCAAGUGGGUGUCUCUGCGACCUUACCUAAUGACAGCCCCCCUCCCCUGAGCCAUUGUGGGGGUCAAUCAUGAAUGUCUGAAGAGUGGCCUUUUCCCUUAGCCUGUACCCCCUUUCUGUGGCUGGAUGGGGACACAGGUGUUGGGGCUCCCCACCCACCCCCCAGCCUCUACAGAAAAUGACUACUGCACCUGGACAGCCUCCUCUUUUCUAGAAGUCUAUUUAUAUUGUCAUUUUGUAACACUCGAGCCUCUGUCCUCACUGGGGGACAGAUGGUCCCUGCCCGGCAGGGUGGCACCAGGGACAGAGCCACUGCUUGAAGAAUCAGGUUCCUGCCCCCUCGGUGUGGCCCCGCCCUCCCCUCCCUCAAGUUAGUUUUACAAUUAAAACAUUUUCUUGUUUUGUGUGUGUGCUGUGUGUAGAGGCCCCUGUCCCAACCAUCUGGGGGUGAGAAUUAGGGGCAAGAGGCCUAGGGUUGGGCAAGUGAGUCCUGACUUACUGCGGGACUCCAGCCUGCUUAGGGCUGGUGCCGAUGUGGGGGGUCCCUGGGGGAGUUCAGAUCCAGCCAGUCACACCUCACCUGUGGGCAGGAAGAGGCCGCCUCGGCUUGGAGAGAGCCAGCCCAGCAGCGCCCACGCGGCCCGACCACCAGUUGACCGCGGUGGGCUCCAGCGGCAGUGGCUUAUCUUGGGUGCAGUGCUUGGGGAGAAGCUGCCCUGGGGAGUGGAUAUUGAUGAAUUGGCAGUGUGGCACACUAGCCGGGGGGCUCUUCAGGGCCCAGCUGGAGAGGUGGUCCGCGCCCCCUGGCCUGGUGUGCAGCAGGAGGUGCGUGGGAGGCGCAGGGAUCUGGAUGGAGAUUCAGACUUGAGCCUGCCGGGUCGAGCAUCCGCCUGUACCUGAACCUCUGAGCGCAUUCGAGGCCUGGGUGAAUGCGCUCAGAUAAUACAUGCUAACGUCGGCUUAAGGAGAAAUGGAAAACCAGGGAGACCCAAAUGACCCCCCAACAAAAAGCUCUGAGCUUGACUUCCACAGACCGAAGGAUCGCGGGAUUCCUCCCUUGUACAGAUUGCUCAAGGUGAUAGGAAAAUGGAGCCACCGACUCUUUCGGAGCCCACGCCUCCAGGCCGGAUCAGCAGUGACAGCCAGCGCUCCACAGCGACUGGGCUGUUGGUGUUGCCUUCAGUCACCGUCACACCCCUUUGGGAGUGCCCCUCCCGCAGCUGCUGCCCUCACAGAAGGGCUUCCCCGGGGACCAAACCCUCAGGUUGUUUCAAACAAGAGACUUGAUCCCUGGCUUGGUUUCUGAGGCGGCAAGGUCGUAGGAGCCAGAGGCUGGGGACGCGGACAGAAGUGAUGACAGGAGGCAGCCUCUCCCCAGGGGCUGGUCAGUGGCAGUGGCACUGCUGCCUGAGUGCCCAAGUCCACCAGCUCUGCUGCGGGCUGGCAGAGGGGCUUCCUCCAGCCUCACCCAGGACGCCCCCUUGAUGGCCAACGCUGGCAGGACUUGAGGGUCGCAGCUGGCCA